UGGUCGUUAACUUCAUGAAAUUUGAGUGCAAUUGAGCUGUUUCGGUUAUGAUAACCAAAGUUGGAAGAAAAGUAUGGCUACUGCAGCGACUUCAGUCGGGGAAGAGACGGUUGUAUUGCGAGGAGAGGAACCAGGCGCAAGUCAACAUUCGAUGUUGGUUGCUGGAGAUUCUUAUGAAGAACUAGACUACGAUCUGAGUGUGGAUGAUAGCCAAGUGAAAAGAAGACUAAAAAGUGGAACCAUUGCUGAGAUAGUUGAGAAUGAUGAUGUUCUUCCACCAUCAGUGCCAGUAGGAGAAUUGAUAAAUCUUGAAUCCGAAGUCUUUGACGAAGUUCCACCCGGAGAUUGUGCUGAUGGCGUCGACAGGGUCAACGAACUAAUAGCAGAGGUCAAUGAACUCUCAAUGAGCCAAGAAACCAAUGAGAGAGUACAAGAGAAUGAGCUGAACAGUGAAGCAGAAUCUUCGACACCGGCCGCAUCUGAGGAAGAAGAAAUGAGGAUACGAUCCGGGAGCAUGGUAGAUAAGGUCCAGCACACAGAGAGAGGGCAAGUGGUCGAAGAUAUUUGCACCACUGAAUGGAGGCAACAGAAGAAGCAUGUGUUCGUUUUCAGUGAUGCUGGCAAGCCUAUUUAUUCUAGGUAUGGAAAAGAAGACAAAUUGAAUCCUCUGAUGGGUGUGAUGCUGACAUUGGUUUCGUUCGUACAACUGGAAAAGGAUACUCUCAGGUCAUUUCGAGCCGGUAAUCAUCUGUAUGUGUUCUUAUUACGGCAACCUCUAAUACUUGUAGCUGUGUCUAAAACCAAUGAAUCCCAACAACAGUUACUGAUGCAGCUGACCUAUGUUUACAACCAUAUAAUCAGCGUUUUAACCUACUCACGAAUAAGUAGUAUAUUCAAGAAGAGAGAUAAUUAUGAUCUACGAAAGCUUUUAGGAGGUACCGAGAUCUUCCUGGAUAACCUAAUACAAUUGAUGGACCACGAUCCGUGUUUCCUCCUCACCGCUAUCAGAUGCCUACCGCUAGACAGCACGAUACGUGAUAUGAUCGGUAGCGCCAUGCACAGCGCCAAGGUCAAAGAUUUGGUCUUUGCCAUCCUCAUAGCCGACAACCAGUUAGUCACACUAGUUCGAAUGAAGAAAUAUAUCCUACAUCCAGCAGAUUUACAUCUUAUUUUGAAUCUACUAAAUAAAUCAACGUCGUUCAAACACUCCGACUCAUGGUUGCCAAUUUGCCUACCAAAGUUUGAUAGUAGUGGUUUCCUUCACGCGCAUAUAUCGUACCUCAGCGAGAGUCCUGCUUGUUUGGUUCUUCUUACAGUGGAUAAAAUGGCCUUUGCAGAAAUGGCAAAAUGCAAAGAUAAAAUAUUAGAGAGAUUACAAAAGAACAACUGUAUAGCUGCCAUUCAACGAGCCGUGUCAAAGGGCAGCUUCCGAUGUCAAGAGGUCGGAAUCGGCGACCUUCGUCAUUUCCUGUACAAGGUCCGAAGCACGGCUCAGUAUGCUGCUCCUGAACUAGACGCCCCUUACAAUCAACCGGAUGAGAGAGACAGGUUAUUAUCUUUAUACCAAUACACUCAUCAACGGAUUCACAGUCCAGCUAGACCACUCAAAAUCAUGUUUACUGUGGGAUCGAAAGAAGCUGUUCUAGGAUGGGUAACAGGAGGGUUUGAAUUGUUUGCUAUCUUUGGGCCUCUAACAACGAAACAAGCUGCUAUAUUUGCCGUCAAUAAACUACUCAAAUGGAUCAAGAAAGAAGAAACCAGAUUAUUCAUCUUGAACCCACCAGAGUAUUGAACCAAUACAUGAUGCUGCUGCUGUCGGGGUUACCUCAUGCAAGGCUCUGCUGUUUCAUCUGCUAAUCUGAGGGACUUGUCAACAGCUAACGGUCAGUUUCUGUGGCAUGCCAACUCCUUCUGUAAAAGAAGCCAUUAUGAGCCUCGGUGCUGUUUCUUGCACAUGAGAUGUGGUCGUGAUAUCCGUGAUGUCAACUGCACGGAAGUGUAAGCCCAUUUUGCUCCUUACCAUCCAACUGGGGGGCUUUUCAUGAAAAGUUUUUUCAAUGAUGAAUAGCUCUCACCCAAUCAAAUACAAGGAUUUCCAGUUGCAGAUCUACCAACUGUCAUGAUUUCAUCAGGAUUGUCUUAUUUUCACAGAACUUUCAGAUUGGCCAAGAAUCAGGAUGUCCUGAUUACUAAAAUUUCAUUUGAGAAAGAAAAAAUGUGGGCAAUCACCGUAGACCCACUCAUGCUCCCAAGUCCUCAAUACGUCUUAAAAUAGCUUGGGCUUCUUAGGAUUAAAGUUGCUAACAUACAGCAAUUUCAGGCCUAACUGCCUUCUUGACCCCUACAUGGGGCUCUGGGCCCCCUGCCAUUGGUUGACUGGAUUUUGAGUUUCUAAACAUUGGCAAGUACGCAGUCGCUUUUAAUAUCUGUAGGUGAGAAUCUCUGACAAAAAAAAUCUUCAUGAAACAAACAGUUCGUGAUAAAUACUAACUUUUUUGCUCUUAGCGAAUCAGAUACAAGGAUUUUCAGUAGCUUUUUACAUCUGUUUUUGAGAAUCUCUGACAAAUAUCUUCAUGAUACAAAUAAGUCAGUGAUAAUCACUAACCAUUUUGCUCUUAGCCAAUCAGAAACAGGGAUUUAUGGGGGCCGUUUCAUAAAGCUGUUCGUAAGUUAAGAGCGACUUUAAGAAAGACUGGUGAUCCUUUCUUGGGGUAAAUAAUAUACACAAAAACGUUCAUUGGCGAGGGUUUUGCGCGUAAGAAAGAAUCACCAGUCGUUCUUAAAGUCGCUCUUAACUUACGAACAGCUUUAUGAAACACCCACCAGGUAGCUUAUUAUAACAAAUUGUCAGUGAAAAUCAGUAUUUAUUUCAUGAAUUCCAAGAAUGGAAUGCUUGAUAUAUCAAGAAAUGGGAUAUAAAGUAGAAAACGGCUGGACACAUGUACAAGUACAGCACGUUGUCAUAGGCCAGCUAAAAUGUUCUGGGCCCCAUUGCAUAAAAGCUAACAUUUUGGUAACUUUGCCAUCCAACUGUAAAUUGUAUGGAAUCCUUGUUUUUGAUUGGUUGGUGAUCAGCAUUACCAUGGUAGUUACCAUUGGAUGGCAAAGUUACCAUAAUAGUAACUUUAAAGCAACAGGGCCCUGGUGGGUGUUUCAUAAAGCUGUUCAUAUGUUAUGUGCGACUUUACGAGCGACUAGUUAUCCUAUCUUGCGGUUAUUUGUGAACUGAAUUUCAUUGAUGUUGAUUAAGCUCCUAAGAAAGAGUUACCAGUCAUUUGUGAAGUCGCUAGUAACUGAUGAACAGCCCUAACAACACCUACCAAGUGUGACAGGGAAAUGCAAUUUUAGAUCAAGAAAUGCAUUUUGUUCACAAACAGAGAAAAAAAUAUCAAGAUGUCGAAUUCCAAAAAGCGAUUCUUGAUUUCAAGAAAUGGAAUUAAGAAAACGGCUUGCAAAUCAUCAGAGUCGUCGUUGACAAAACAAUUUGGACUGUCGGAAAGCUGCAAUAAAAAGAUGCAUUGCGUCCUUAAAGUGGGAUCCUGCUAAAGCAUGCAGCAGAUUCUCAUAACAUGUUGCCUUAGACCAUGGUCUAACUCUGUUGUGUAAUUAUGGGAAGCAGAAAUUGUCAAAAUCAUGUUUACAUUGUAUGUUUUUUAUGUUUAACCCUAUGUAUCAUUAUUAUUCCUUUUACUGAUUAAAAUCAAUCAAUUUCAUCUUGUUUAUGGCCAAUAUAAAAUCCCCGACAAUUUUCAUUCAAGAAACAAUAAAAAACAACAAGUUGGAAUAGCAAGGAAAUACAUAAGAAAUUUAGAAAACAAUAAAAUACAUAAGAAAAUAGAUGUGAUGUUGAAUUUUGUUAAGAGUACAUUUGAUCAGAUUCCUAUAAAGAGUCUGUAAACCCAAAAUUAGCAUUUUAGGGGCAUUAUUUAUUUAAUUAGAGCAAACUUUUGAUUUUACACAUAACUAUAGAUGAGUUUUCGCAGAAUUUGAUCUUAUAGUUUGUAGAUUAUGCCAUGGGUAACUCGCGUGCCAAUUUUUGUCGUGAUCGCGUGAUUGACGGUCGAGAUCAUAAGGGGGCUGUAUCGCACCCACACCCACACCCCCCCCCCUCCCGUCUUAUUAUGCCUCGAAAUAGCCCAGUCUAUUUAGGGUUAAUACUAGUAUUUUGUUUCCCCAUGGUUCAAUGACAAGGAAAGCCAUUUUGGUUUAUACAUGAGGUCAUAUACCGAUUCCCACCAAAUUUUGGCUGUGGAGGUAUUUCAUCAUGCUCUACCAAAAUAUAGUAUCAAAAACGCUGACAUGCAACAAGGGAAAAUUGGUAUUUCCUGAAAGAUAUGAAUGAUUUGAGAGUCAAAUGAGUUGAUUGCUCAGCCUGUACUGUUUGAGGUAAGCACUGUGCAUGUAUGCGUUGCAAUAUGCUAUCCAUGGUUAAACCACGUCGUUAGACCACAAUUAAGUGAAUAUCAAGGUUUGGAGCCUGUAACACACAGCUUAGCAACGAUCGUAGAAUAAUUUUUUUCACGAUUGAUUGCAUUGACUGCAAUGUACAAUCAAUCAUAAAAAUCAAGCAUACGAUCAAUCAUUAUGCUUUGUGUUACGGGGCCCAGUAUGUACAAAUUAUGAAACAAUCUCAUAAAGAGCUACAUUCACGAGGUUCCUUAUAUAUCUGGUUACAAAAAUAUCAUUUCGGUUGUCAGUCACUAUUACUUACAGUUGUUAUUUUUUCACUUUUGCAAUGUUUGUAUAUUCUAGAUACAUGUGUACAUAUUACUUUAAAUCAUUUUGUAUUUAUUGCCAUAGAGAAAGAUGUAUUUAUUGCCAUGGUCUAAGAAAUUUCACCACAAAUAUUUCUCCGGUAUCUGAAUAAAGUUAGUUACUUUGAAGUAGAGGAAUUUA